AUUGAGUCUUACGUUGUCGACAGUGGCAUCUUGUCAGCUCUGUGUCUCCCUUCUGUGGAAAGAGUUGUGAUUGUCAACGAGCAACCAGGACCAGGUCCAGAAGCAGAGAGCGGCCUCGAGUAUACUGUGUGCUCCGAAAUGGAGGUAGAAUCUGAGAACAAAGGGGUGUUCAUGGAGGGAACUGGAGGCUCUGAUCAAACCCAGUGGUUUAGUCUCAGCAAUGAAGUUAAAGCAGAAAUGGACAGUGUUGUGGUUACAGACACCGCUGACGGAGCUGAGGCCAGUGAGGGAGAAAUGGCAGAUGAACAUCAUGAGGGUCCGUCAGGGACUCUGAUCAUCGGGGAAGAUGGCCAGGUGACGGUGCUGGAUGGGGUGGAGAAGAAACCAAACAGGCGCGGGAGGAAAAAGAAACGCCUCGCAGACAGGGACUUUGAAUUGGAAAGUAGAGCCAAGGGAAUUACAGAAGACUCCGAAACGGAUGUCUUGUGGGAGAGACCGAUUCGAAAGAACCGAGGACUUAAGAUGAAGAGGUACCUGUCACAGUGGAGAAAAUCGGGUAAAUCACAUGACCGCAACGCCAGCAACCGUGGUCUGGGUUCGGCCAACGAUUUGGACGAGAGGACGUGCAAAGUAUGUGGAAAGGUGGUGAGCCAGGCAAAGUUCUUGCAGCGACACAUGAACCAGCACUCGGAGGAGUUGCCCAUUGCUUGUCCUGUGUGCAAAAAGUUUUAUAAAAGUUUGCGCUUCUUGCAGCAGCACAGAUGUACGACUUUAACAAAAGCUGAUGCCAACAAAAAACUUGUGGAACAAGACAGCACAGCAGAUGAGGGUGAACAGUCAUCCAGCGGGCUUCCAUGUGAUGCACUUACUAAAGAGCAGCCAUUGGACAGCACCCUUCAGGACUCUGAUUGUUUACCAGAAGGAGAGAGACCCUCUGAGGAAUCAGGGCAAAUGAGCCCUGACGAAGAUAAGGGCCUGCUGGAAGGUCCGUUCUACUGUCCUCACUGCAGCGCUGAGUUCAAGUGCAGACAAACGUUCAGAUUUCAUUUAAGAAAUAUCUGCUACACGGAACAACAGGUGGAUCCCAAGAACCCGGAGGACAUCAAACACUGUUUCCGAUGCGGCGAAUGUGACAAGGCAUUUAAGUACAAAUCCACAUUGGAUUCCCAUAAACAGACGCACAACCCGUUGUACUGCGAGGUGUGCAUGAAAUUAGUGCGCGACUCUGAAGCGCUGGCCAUGCACAGAGAAUCCCACACGCCGUUCCAGUGUAACCGAUGCGAUGAGAACUUCCCCGUGUUCAAGGCCCUCCAUAAACAUUACCUGGACGUUCACAACCCCACGGAGCCUUUCAACUGCCCCUACUGUGAGACGACGUUCAGCAGCUUGAAACGUUUCAUCAGACACGAGUGGAAGCACACGGGCUACCAGCCUUUCCAGUGCACGCAGUGCUCCAAGAGGUUCCGCUCCUACUCCGACCUGGUGGAGCAUCAGAAAAAACACACCAAGGCGUACCCGUACCUUUGCUGGGAGUGUGGUAAGAAGUUCAGGCACGGCGUCACGCUGACCAGACAUGUGGAACGCGUGCAUCACGCCGGAGAGCCCACCACCGAGAAGCCGUCGGCCAUCUUCACCUGCGCCCAGUGUGGGAAGACCUUCACCUCCAGGAGGUGCCUUCUCAAACACGAUAACUUCCACCACAAAGGGAUGAGGUUCCCAUGCGAGCACUGUGGAAAGGGUUUUUUUGGCAAGGACGCGUUAGUGAGGCACACGUUGAUCCACACGGGCGAGAGGCCGUUUAAGUGCGAAGACUGCGAUAAGUCUUUCAGGUCUGCUGCAGAACUGAAGAUCCACAGGAGGUACCACACGGGGGAAAGACCGUUCAAGUGCAACCUGUGUGAAAAGGGCUUUGUCCAAUCGUGUUUUCUCACUUUACACAUGCGGACUCACACCGGGGAGAGGCCGUACGUCUGUACGAUCUGUAGCAAGGGCUUUUCAAGUUUGCACGGCCUCAAACGCCACCGGAGACUCGUUCAUGCUUAG